AUGGUCGAACGCUUUCACCGCCAACUCAAGGCAUCUAUCAAAGCAGCUCCAGACAGUUCUCACUGGUUGGAACAUCUCCCUCUCAUCCUCCUUGGAAUUCGAUCCACGGUUAAGGAAGAACUGGGAUAUACUCCGGCUGAACUCGUUUAUGGCACAGCAUUCACCUUACCUGGGCAGAUGAUCGAACCUGUUUCACAAGACUUUCCUGACCCACAUGUGCACCGAUUACGGACAUCCAUGUCGCAGUUAUCACCUUCAGACCCCAGACAACAGAACGUCGUUUCACGUGUCCCAAAAGAUAUCAACACUUGGACUCAUGUUUUCGUGAGGAAUGAUGGGAUACCAUCUCAACUUCGACCACCAUAUUCCGGGCCCUACAAGGUUAUCAAAAGAGAACCCAAGUAUUUCGUCCUCGAUAUUGGAGGUAAACGAAAUACAGUCUCGAUUGAUCGUUUAAAAGAAGCCUUCCUCGAGGAGGACUUACAUGCAGUUCCCUCCUUUCCUCGAACAGACUCAACAACUCCAGCAAACACCACAGAUUUUGCACAACCUCGACACACCAAAUCGGGAAGAACAGUUCGAUGGCCAGCAAGGUUCGUGCAAGUUUUUCGG